AUGAGUUCCUACCAGCAGAAGCAGCCCUGCAUCCCACCCCACGAGCCUCAGCAGCAGCAGGUGAAACAGCCCUGCCAGCCUCCACCCCAGGAACCAUGUGUCCCUGAAACCAAGGAGACAUGCCACACCAAAGUGCCAGAGCCCUGUCACCCCAAGGUUCCUGAGCCAUGCCAACCCAAGGUUCCAGAGCCCGGCCACCCCAAAGUUCCAGAGCCCGGCCACCCCAAAGUUCCAGAGCCCGGCCACCCCAAAGUUCCAGAGCCCAGCCACCCCAAAGUUCCAGAGCCAUGUCCUUCACCAGUUAUCCCAGGGCCGGCUCAGCAGAAGACCAAGCAGAAGUAA